GUGCAGUGCAUAGGAGUUGGUAAUGCCCUUGGAGAGGAGAGUUAAAAGGUAGCGUGGAUAACGGAUAUUAUUGGAUCAUAUAGUGGCUCUGAAACAACACACUCAAUCUUCAGCUUUCCACCACUCAUCCAUAUUCCAUUCAACAUCGCCGGAAGAAAACUGGGAUUCAAGAAGAUGCAAACUCAGCCAUUCUGGAUUAAUGGUCGUUAAUCAAGCCCACCUUCUCUCUCACUCUCUCAUCUUAGUCACUCACUCAGUCACUCCAUGGCUUCCUCCUACGGCCUCAGAAACACCGCCGCCGCCGCAACUCUCCUCCUCCGCAACUCCCACUUCCACCUCCCCCGCUUCCGACUCAAUACACACCUCUUCAUCCCCAACCCCCACCCACCUUCGUCAUCUCUCUCCAUCUCAUUCUCUAGGCUCUCUCCUUCCGCCGCCUUAUCCUCCUCUUACGCAGAAGAAGAAUCCGGUGGCGGCGAUCAUGUGAAGUCGGAGGACGAGCUCCCGCUCCCCGGGGUGGCGGAGGCGAUGAACAUCUCCCCGGCGACGGCGGCGGCCAUGGGGGUGUGCAUCGCGGUGGCGGUGCUGGCCCUGCCGCUGGCGAUGCCGUCGCUGGGGCGGGGGCUGCCGGUGAAGACUCGGGCAGUGUCGUACGCCACGCUGCUGUUCGGGUUCUACAUGGCGUGGAACAUCGGGGCCAACGACGUGGCGAAUGCCAUGGGGACGUCGGUGGGGUCGGGGGCGCUGUCCCUGAGGAGGGCGGUCAUCAUCGCCGCCGUGCUGGAGUUCUCCGGGGCGCUGCUCAUGGGCACGCACGUCACCACCACGAUGCAGAAGGGGAUUCUCGUGGCCAGCGUUUUUCAGGGGAAGGAGACUCUGCUUUUUGCUGGCCUUAUUUCUUCCUUGGCUGCUGCUGGCACUUGGCUUCAGGUUGCAUCAUACUAUGGUUGGCCUGUCUCUACCACGCAUUGUAUAGUCGGAUCAAUGGUCGGAUUUGGGCUAGCCUAUGGAGGCGCUGGAGCUGUUUUCUGGAGCUCGCUGGCACGUGUGACUUUGUCGUGGGUCGUGUCGCCUUUGGUGGGAGCAUUCGCCUCUUUCCUCGUCUAUAAAUGCAUCCGCAGGUUUGUUUACAGUGCUCGAAACCCGGGGCAAGCAGCAGCGGCAGCUGCACCAUUAGCUGUCUUCUUAGGCGUCACGGGGAUUUCCUUCGCUGCAUUCCCUCUCAGCCAGACUCUAUCUGUAGCCAUCGCGCAGGCCUUAGCCUGUGGCGCUUGCGGAGCUGUCCUGUUCGACAGAAUCAUACGGACGCAGCUCGGCCACCUCCUCGACAAGCCUCCUAAAGAUGAUGCACAAGUGACAGAAUCAAGAACAGAGAACGAGUCGAGUAAAAACAUCGGUCUCCUGUCUGAUAUAGCUGGUCCUAAGGGAACACAGUUGAAGAUAGUUUACGGAGUGUUCGGGUACAUGCAAGUUCUGUCGGCCUGCUUCAUGUCAUUUGCACACGGGGGGAACGAUGUCUCCAAUGCGAUUGGCCCUCUGGCAGCGGCCCUCUCGAUUCUGCAAGGUGGGGCGUGUGGCGGUGAGAUUGUGAUCCCCAAUGACGUGCUGGCAUGGGGCGGAUUUGGGAUCGUUGCAGGGCUUAUGGUUUGGGGAUACAGAGUUAUAGCGACUAUCGGGAAGAAGAUAACGGAGCUGACACCGACUAGGGGCUUUGCUGCUGAGUUUGCAGCUGCAUCGGUUGUGCUUGGGGCUUCGAAGCUCGGACUGCCUAUCUCAGCCACACACACGCUGGUUGGAGCAGUGAUGGGGGUAGGGUUCGCAAGAGGGCUUAACAGCGUACGAGCAGAGACCGUGAGGGAGAUUGUGACGUCGUGGGCUGUCACCAUUCCUGCUGGAGCCACUUUUGCUGUUGUUUAUACAUGGAUCUUCACCAAGUUCUUAUCCUACUUACUGUGAGUGAAACUCCAUUGUUUUAUUAUAAUGUGCACUGAAAAUUUUCAACUGAGAUUUAUGAAUAUGAUUCACAUCUUCCACAUGUA